AUGGCGACCGUGAGACCCGUGGCAAACGUGUACAGCACGAGCAGCAAGCAGGUGGUUGGUGAGGUGGAAAUCCCGGUGGUGUUUCAAACCCCCAUAAGAAGCGACCUGAUUCAGGAAGUGUUUAAGAACAUCUCGAAGAAUAGGAGACACCCGUAUGCAGUUAAGUUGGGCGCGGGGUACGAAACAUCUGCAGAGUCCUGGGGGACAGGAAGAGCAGUGGCACGAAUCCCGAGGGUACCAGGAGGAGGAACACACCGAGCAGGACAAGGAGCAUUUGGAAACAUGUGUAGAGGUGGAGGGAUGUUUAAUCCAACAAAGAUAUGGAGAAGAUGGGGAAGGAAAGUUAACCUGAAAGAGAAGCGUUACGCAGUUUGCUCAUCCAUUGCAGCUAGUGGGGUCACAUCAUUAGUCCUAGCCAGAGGGCAUCGCAUCUCGAACAUUCAGGAGGUCCCACUGGUCGUUAGCAAUGAUAUUGAAUCUAUAAGCAAAACGAAAGAAGCGUUGAAGUUUUUAAUCACUCUAGGAUUGAAAGAAGAAGUGAACCGAUUGAUUAAGUCAAAAAAAAUCAGAGCUGGAAAAGGAAAAAUGAGAAACAGGAAAUAUCGAAUGAGGAAUGGUCCUCUCAUUAUAUACAACAAAGAUUCGGGGGUCAAAAAAGCCUUUAGGAAUAUCCCUGGGGUGGAUUUAUGUAAGGUUACAAAACUCAAUUUGCUGAAAUUGGCUCCAGGUGGAUCCAUUGGCAGGCUGUGCAUCUGGAGUGAAAGCGCAUUUAAGAAGCUGGACGUUAUGUAUGGAAGGAUCUACAAGAAGAAAGUUACCAAAAAAAACUAUAUCUUACCCAAAUCGAUUAUGGCAAACUCAGAUAUAUAUCGAAUCAUUAGCAGCGAACAGGUGCAGGCAACUUUGCUGGCGAAGAAGAGACCCUGCAAGAAGAGACUACAGAACAAGAACUCCCUCACAAACUUUGCCGUCAGGUGCAGACUGAAUCCAGCGUAUAAGCUACUCAGAUCCAUUGCCAUCAGGAAAAUGAAGAAGAGCAUUGAGGCCAAGAAGAACAACAAGAGGGAACUCCGAGUGAAGAAGAAAAUCGAGAAAAAGGAGCUGCAGAAGGUUAACCACGCCUACUACAGCAGCAUUACUAACUCGGUGAAACGAAAGAAGAAGAAGGAGGAGAAGAAGGCCAAGUCGAAGACGGACGCCAACAAGGCGCUCCUCCCCACGGCGGGAGAUGAGUAG